AGGAUCGGCUGCUGCUCAUGAGAGCUGCUCUCAGUCUCUUUCCUGGACUCUACGAUAGAGGAGUGAUUUUACGGGGCGGCCACAAUGGUGAUCAAGAGCGAGUUCACGUCCGGGUACUACGUCCAGCAACGACCAUGGACUCCAACAAAGAGACGUGGUCCCAUCUCUUCUGACUUCAAGACACCCGGACCUGGCGCAUUUACCAUUCCCUCUACCAUUGGUGGCCAAAUCAGCACGAAUGUUACGAAAGGAGCCAAAGCACCGUCGUUCACUUUUGGUGCAAAAACGGAAGAAAAGAAAGACUUGUUCGUGCCCGGGCCCGGUACCUACAACAUCUCUGGGCUUUCUGAAAAGGGCAAAGAUACCGUAAACGCUCCCACAAUUGCUACAAAACUCAAAGAACCCGAAGCCUUCAAGACGCCAGCACCAGGUGCUUACAACCCCGAGAAAUCGGAAACAAGCGUUCUCGCCGCCGCUCCAAGAUACACUUUCGGUGCCAAAGUAAAAGACCCCAAGCCAGAAGACAUCCCCGAGCUCGAUCACAGCCAGGAAGGAACUCACCACCUUAUUAACCGAAACCGAAGCUCGCCCCGAUACACCUUUGGCUUCAAACUAAAGAGCCUUUUUCAGCCAAUCGACACUCCUGCCCCGGAUGCCUACCACCCUGACAAAUCUAACGGUGCUGUCCACCAUAAAAGCCCUUGGUACUCAUUCGGUCACAAGCUGAAAGACAAGCAGCCAGAGAGCUACGAUUACCCUGCACCCGACGCCUACAACACUGAAACAUCAAGCUGCAUCGUGUUCCCCAAAUCCCCUGAGUACAUCAUAGGACAGAAGCUGAGAGAAAAGGAACCCGAAGUGUACGAUAAUCCAGCCCCCGACGCUUAUGACCCGGACAAGUCAGAUCCAAUCGUCCAUAUCAAAGGACCGCAGUAUUCCUUCGGGUGCAAGCUCAAAGAUAAGACGCCAGAAACUCACCAGUUUCCCGGCCCCGAUACGUAUAACCCAGAAACGUGCACCGAAGCGAUCUACACCAAACUGCCGGAAUAUUCCUUCGGAUGCAAAUUGAGGGACAAAGAGCCAGAAAGCCACAGAUAUCCUCCUCCGGACGCAUAUGAACCAGAAAAAUCGGAUGCGGCAGUCUAUCACAAGUCUCCUCGUCACUCGUUCGGAUGCAAGUUCAAAGAAAAAGAGCCGGAAGUUCACGAAUACCCUGCACCCGGAACGUACGAGCCAGAAAAGUCGGCAAGCAAGGUCCUGUCUUCGGGUCCGACGUUCUCAAUUCGCAUCAAGUUGAGAGCAAAGACACCCGAAGCCCACCAUACGCCUGGUCCUGGAACCUACGACACUGAAAAAGGAGACGAAAGCGUUCAUCCUAGAGCGCCCAGAUAUUCCAUUCGCAAGAGACUGAAAAGUCCUGAGCCUCAGAUAAAUCCCGCUCCGGGAGACUACAGACCUGACAGAAGCGACGCCAUUGUCUUCCCAAAUAUCCCUAGUUAUUCUAUCGCCUGCAAAUUAAAAGACAAGCCGCCGGACAACGUAGAAUACCCUGCUCCUGGUGAUUAUAAUCCGGACAGAAGCGAUGCCAUUGUGUUCACUAGCAAUCCUAGAUAUUCUAUUGGCUGCAAGCUAAAGGAUAAGCCACCUGAAAACAUCGAAUACCCUGCUCCAGGAAACUACAACCCAGACAGAGGCGACCCCAUUGUGUUCACUAGAAAUCCUACGUACUCAAUGGGCUGCAAACUGAAAGAUAAACCACCGGAAAACACGGACUACCCUGCACCCGGAGACUACAAUCCAGAGAAAGGAGAUGCCAUCGUGUUCACAAGCAACCCUCGAUAUUCAUUCGGCUGCAAGUUAAAGGAGAAGCCACCAGAAAACGUGGAAUAUCCUGCUCCAGGAAUGUACAACACGGACAAAGGAGAAAGAGUGUUGUACCCAAAUGCCCCAAGUUACACAAUGAGAUCUCAUUUGAAGGUACCAGGACCGGAUAGCAAAGACUUUCCCGCACCUGGAAGCUAUAGCCCGGAAAGAGCUGACGAAACCAGGUUUGCCCGAUCUGCAAGAUAUUCAUUCCGAGUCAAGCUCAAAGACACGUCCUCCCAGUCCAUAGACAUUCCAGCUCCCGGAGACUACGACACCGCAAAAAGCGACAACCUCGUCUAUUCAAGCGCACCCAGGUAUUCUUUUAGGCGCAAACCCAGGGAACGGCGGUCAGAUAACGCAGACUUUCCCGCUCCGGGGGACUAUGGUUCAGACAGGGCCGACGACAGGACAUUUACCAGAACGUCACGCUAUUCUUUCCGGUCGAGAGUGAAAGAUCAUUCACCAGAAAUGUUCCGUUAUGCAGCGUCAAGAACGUACCAGUUAGACAAAGGGGACAGCUCCUUGACGAGGUGCAAGUCCAGAAGUCCGAGGAGAAGUCGAACACCCGAGUCGAAGCAGGACACUGAAAAAGGCACGUCAGUCACAAGGUCUGCAAGUGCUGCUACUGUCAUCAGUAGGAGAAGCGAAGGAAGGUCUAGAAGUUCAGACAGCCUACAUGAAAUCGAUGCCAAGAAGGUCAACGCAAUCUUGGAAACCAUGUCUUCCAAAUCGCGAGCAAGGAGUGGAUCGCUCAGGGGCUCUUUGCCUCGGAGACAAAGAGUAAAAGGCGCAACGGAUGGAAUUGAAACGGUUUCAAAGACGGAAUAUAAAUCUCAACAGAAACUGCCAACAGUACAAGUAGAUUCCUCAAGAUUAAAAGACACCAAAGACGCAACUGAAACCGGUACCCCUCAGUUGUCGGGAUACAGUCGCUACAUUACAACCACAACCCAUGCUGGGCAGAAGGCAGAUGGCAAUAUAGUCAUUAAAAAAACACAGUCAAGGUCUCCAGAAGGACCUGAGUUCUGGAAACCUCCCUGCGCCAGUGCGCUGUAUGUCAAGUUGCACCAGUCCGCCAGCCAACCUGUUGUUUCCACUGUGGCUCCAACAACGGAUGAGAAGUCAAAAUUUCGCUCGGCAGCUAGUCUUCUGUUCAAAAAAGGGCUGGCAGGCUUCAUAGGCGAAAAGACUCCAGGACCUGGAGCCUACGAUACCAAUAAGAACGGAAAAGUGCGUUUCCCACGUAUGCCCAGUUUUUCAAUUCGUGGCAAACCGAAGGGCACUAAAGUCGAAAUUACGCCGGCACCUUGCGACUACAACCCAGAAAAGGCAGAUCCCCUAGUACGACCUACGUCGCCAUCGUUCACUUUCGGAUCAAAGACGCAGACCCCUGUGCUAAAGGAAGAACUGCCCGCUCCUGGCGAUUACAGCCCGGAGAAGGCAGACAACAUUGUGUUUCCAGCCACGCCACGGUUUUCGUUCCGUCGAAAGUUUCGCUCUCACCCGGACGCUAUCUUCGAAAAGUGCCUCACGCCUGGUGCCUACGACCCAGAUAAGGCCGAUCAGGCUGUGCGGUCGAUGGAGCCUAGUUACACCUUCGGUUAUAAACGGAAAGAACCAGAAAAGGAUGACUUUCCCGCUCCUGGAGCCUACUGUCCCGAGAAAGCAGAUGCUGUGCUCGCCCCUACGCCAGCAUACACCUUUGGUCUAAAGCCAAAGGAUGCUAGGCCUGAUGACAUUCCUGCGCCUGGCACGUAUUCUCCCGAGAAAGCCUAUAGCGUGCUUACAGCUACGCCAGCUUACACCUUUGGUCUCAAACCAAAGGAUGCUAAACCAGACGACGUUCCUGCUCCGGGUACGUACACUCCGGAAAAGGCGGACUCUGUGCUCGCAGCUACGCCAGCUUACACCUUUGGCCUGAGGCCAAAGGAUGCCAAGCCUGACGGCAUCCCCGCACCUGGCAAGUACGAUGUCCCUGCAGCCGACGCCUACAAGAGCAAAUCUCCCGCCUACACGCUUAGCUACAGGACCAACAUUCCCGGUGACCACACCAAGAAACCCGGACCAGGUGCUCAUUCUCCAGAAAGGGUGUGGAUGACAAAGAAUAGUUCCCCUCGCUUCUCCUUCGGAAUUAGGCACAGUCCCUGCGCUGAGACACCCCUCAAGUAGCUGCCAGAAAGUAGUUAGCAAGUGAACAUCACGUGUCCUCUUCGACGGCUAAAAGCAUCGUGUGCUGCAAUGAAGAGGGCUUCGCUGCUGUGUGCUUCCAUCUAACAAUAAUACCUCGUGCAAGUGAAGGCUGUAAUCACUCUCGUCUGCAUCGUUUUGCCACUCCGACUUCACUAGCGCUGCGUAGUUUGUUCGAUUUCAGAUUUUCCCAUAAAUGUGUUUUAUUGUCACGAGACAGUUCCGCGACGACCCCUGGCGAGUACCUGCUGAGACUGCCGUCUAUUUACACUGCCUUUGAUACCAGCAACUUACAUGGCAUUAAAAAAAGAGAGAUAAAAAGAAAACUUUUGGAAAGCACGUCGAACGAUUCCGUGCGACGCACGCGUACACAACGCACGUUUUACACAGCCUGUUUUUAUAAAGUUGCUUCGUGUACUACAUAUGCUAGCACGCACCACGAAAAAAAAAACUAUUUUUAUAUCUAUUUUUAUUAUUGAAAUAAUAAAAUGCUAACAGAAA